CCCGGCCUAAAGAAGAAAGAAAGGAAGGAAGGAAGGGACCCGGAUGCCGAAAGUAUGGAGUUCCCUUUUGACGUGGACUUGCUCUUCGGCGAGCGGAUCGCCACGGUGGAUCAGCACCUGCAGCCGUCGGGCAGAAAGGGAGCCGGGCUCACCGCCACUCACAGAGCUGAUAUGCAGCAGCAACUCAUGAAGAUCAUAGAUGAGAUGGGCAAAGCCUCUGCCAAGGCCCAGAAUCUGCCAACUCCAAUCACCAGUGCCUCAAGGAUGCAAACCAACCGCCAUGUGCUCUACAUCCUGAAAGACAGUGAAGCAAAAAUGACUGGCAAAGGGAUUAUAAUUGGCUUCCUCAAAGUUGGUUACAAAAAACUCUUUGUAUUGGACCGUCAAGGAGCUCACAAUGAAGUGGAACCUCUGUGUGUGCUGGAUUUCUACAUUCACGAGUCUCUUCAGCGGCACGGCUAUGGCAAGGAGCUCUUCCAUUACAUGCUGCAGGUGCAGCCCUCUUUUUCGGAGCUGCGUAAUCCAAGAAAUAAAUGUCCUGACUUGGAUUAGGCCACUGUAUUUCAUCUUUACCACUCAUUUCAUAGAAAAGGCAAAACCUCCCCACAGCAAAUUAAACCUGCAGAACCGAGGCAUGGACAUAGAGCUGUCAUAAUCCAGGAAUGAUUUGAAGGAUUUCUGACAUACUAAAGCUCUAUCGAACAAGAAUUAAGAGGAAUUCCAGUCACAUAUUCCUUAGCUUGCUGCCUUCCACACAUCUGCAGGAAAUGCAAAUCUCAUAAUUUAUGUGAUGGCUGGGAAUUUAGGGAGUUAUAAUUCCAAUGUUUUCAGGGACGUGGUGGCUCAGUGGCUAAGAUGCUGAGCUUGUCGAUCAGAAAGGUCGGCAGUUCGGCGGUUCGAAUCCCUACCGCCGUG